UUAUUUUUGCAGUGUUGCGCAUCUUGUUUGACACCACCUCACCGCAAAUACAUUUCACCUUUUUGCUCAUUAUUUAUCAUUUGAAUUUUCACCAUCAUUAGCAUUAUCAUUACCUUCGUUCGUCAACAUGGCUACUGAAGAUUCCAACCCGAAAAUCAUUGCCGUCAUGGGCGCAACAGGAAAGCAAGGAGGAGCAGUGGUGGAGGCUCUUUUGACGGUCCCGGAACAAUUCUCCAUCCGUGCCAUUACCCGCAACCCGGAUGGAGAUAAAGCCAAGGCUCUUGCUGCCAAGGGAUGUGAAGUCGUGAAAGCGGAUGCGGACGAUGAGGCUAGCAUGGUUAGUGCCCUGUCGGGGGCAUAUGGCGCCUUUCUUGUAACCAACUUUUGGGAAGACAUGAGCAUGGCCCAUGAAAUCGAACAAACGGAUAAACUUCAAAAUGCAGCUAUCGAAGCCAAGGUCGAGCACGUYGUUCUAUCCACGUUGGAAGACACUCGACCAUUGAUUGAAGCGUCCGCCGACGUGGAUACCUGGCCCGUCCUUCAAGACGAAUUUAAGUCUUACGUGCCUCACUUUGACGGAAAAGGAGAGGCAGGACAAAGGUUCUUGGCUUCAGCCGCUCCAACCACCCUUCUUUUUACGUGCUUUUAUUUCACUAAUUUUAUCGAUUUUGGAAUGGGCCCCAAGAAAYAUGCAGAGGAUCAGCCCUUUGCCCUAACAUUUCCGAUUGGUGAUAAACCUAUCCCCAUGACCUCGCUUCGAGRCAUCGGUCAUACCGUAAAGGCAAUUUUCCAAGACCCUUCCACCAUAAACACAUGCCGUGGUGCUGUUAGUGCCUUUCAUACGGGACAAGAAAUGGCCGAUGCCUUUAGCAAAUGUCUCGAUGUCCCAGUCAUCUAUAACGCCGUGGAUCCUGCCACGUAUGCAUCCUUCGGUUUUCCAGGUGCCGCUGAUCUAGCGAACAUGUUCCGUUUUUUCACUUCCUUCAAGUCUGAACAUCUGGACGAGGCCGAGGCUGAAAAGCUACUUGGUCGGAAACCGGAUUCUUUGAGUGACUGGAUCGAAGACAACAAGGCUGCCUUUGCCGUUUAGAUCACGAAAAAGUCACACUAGAUUUAGGAUCUAGCUCUCCUUAUUCAUGGAUGAUAAUUCUUCAGAAUUAAAAUUCACUUUACCCC